GGAAAAAAAUGGGAAGCGAACGGAGCUCGAUGGAGAAGAAGAAGAGAAGCAGAGCAAGGAGCGAAGAUCCUUCGUCUUCUUCCGAGAACGAAGAGAGAGUUAAGAGGCAUAGAGGAACAGAGAAAGAUGAUGAGAGGAGAAGCAGGAGAAGUGAGAAGAAGAAGAAGGAGAAGAAAUCUCACAAGCACCACCGAUCAAGUUCAUCAAAGAAGUCGAAGGAUGAUAAGCACAAAAAGAAAGACGCAGAAGGUGACCACAAGCUAAAAGAGGGGAUCCCAGAGCUAACAAGUGAGGACUACUUCUCUAAGAACAACGAGUUUGCCACAUGGCUGAAAGAGAAGAAGCGCACUUACUUCAAUGAUCUCACGACCGAGUCCGCACGGGAGUUGUUUUCUCGCUUUGUCAAGGCAUGGAACAGAGGGAAGCUCGAGUCCCGAUACUACGAGGGAAUCUCCACUGCUCCACGAACAGCUCACAACUGGAAGAUCAAGCAGAAGUGAAACAAUCAAAACCUUCUUGCUGUUUGCUUCUUUUUGUACGUUUGGAGGUUGAUGAUACAAGACAUACCUUCUCCAGUUUGUUCUACUCAGAGCUUUGUUACGGAACUUGUCAGAUAGAGAUGGAUUUGUAGUUGGUUUUCAUAGGAAGAGGAAACUUCACAUAUCCUACCCUAGGUUGGUCUACACACGGCUACAACUAUCUAUCACCUCUUCUCAA